AUGCAUAUAACGUCAAGCCUGUCUCCGGCGUCCGGCGAGAUGCUGGACACGGCAUCGCUUAAUUUUUACGGAGAUGCAGGAGACCAGUAUGGGACGACGUACUUCGCUGUGGACCACACGGUUCCGGAGUCGUCCCACACAGUUGAGAUAGAGUAUGUGUACGAGCAGCCAGAUACCUAUGCCAUCAACCAAGAAGAUAUAGAAACAGAUGUGCCUCAGAGUGAACAAGUCGUUGCGGCUGAUCAAGUUGAAUACUCUAAAAAGAUUCACAGCAAACACAAGGCUAACAAGAUGGUUGUAGACGAGGAGCCGGAGGCUGAUCUCACGAAUUUGACGUGGUUGCAGAAUAUUACAAACAUAAUGUCGGUGCCGCAGUUUCCGAUACCUCCUGUUUCGCCGGCUCCGCAGGUGAAGGUACAGCCGCAGAACACGAGGCUGCAGAAGUUUAAUCAGACAAUAGCGAAGUGUCAGAAGGACUUUACUGAGAACAAGCAUGAGUAUAGGACAAACAGUGAGAAGAAGCCGCCGUACUCGUACAGCACGCUGAUCUGCAUGGCGAUGAGGUACAACAACGAUAAGAUGACGCUCUCCGCGAUAUACUCGUGGAUCAGGGAGAAUUUCAAGUUCUACAGGAACGCCGACCCCACCUGGCAGAAUUCCAUCAGACACAACCUGUCUCUAAACAAAGUGUUUGUGAAAGUAGCUCGAUCAAAACACGAGCCGGGGAAAGGAGGCUUUUGGAAACUCGACCUCGCACAUUUAGAAGGAACCAAACGAAUCUCAAAUAGACCUCAUAAGAAGAAGAAAUCAGCAUCCAAGGAAAAAGCCACAGAGGAAAAAACUGCAGUCGCCAACAUUCCGCAGGUCAAUGCGGUAGAAGAAAUGUCUAAUGAAAUAAAUCAGGCUGUGAUGCUGCACUUACCUGAUUUCAAUAUUGGGAGCAUUCAAAGUCUUCCUGACAUUGAUUUAGAGACGAAUAUCGGAGCUAAUGUGAUUGUGGAGCCGGCUGUGCCACCUCCUUUGAUGCCCGAAGAUGACCUGUCGUCCUUACUCCUCAACCCUACGGAGUGGAACGACCUACAACUAGACAUGUUGGAUAAUUACCUGGACUCUUGUUUCGAGUAA